UUUGCUUUUGGCAUCGAUUCCUUAUCAGCAAAGGCAAAAAGCCCUCUCUCUCAGUCUCACCAUUAAUGGCAUCUUCAUGAGAGGACUCCCUUUUCUCUCACUCGUUCCCUCUCUCUCUAACCAUAAUCGUAAUAUGCGAAGUUCCCCCCAUAUAAAGCUAAGGAAGAGGAAGAAGAAGCAAAAGGUUAUUCGUUAAUGGCGAAGAGAGUUGCAGAGGAGAUAUCAGAAGAAGCGCAUCCUUAUGAUUUCCACGUCUCAGGCCCUCGCAACCUUUCCACCCCUAAUUGGAGAGAAAUCAUCAAUUCUAGCUGGAAGGAUGUGAACUACAGAAGAACAGUAGUAGCCUGCUUCGUUCAGGCAGUCUAUCUCCUCGAACUCGACCGCCAAGAGAACAGAUCAGAGGACAACGCCCUUGCCCCAAAAUGGUGGAGGCCAUUCAAGUACAAGCUCUCCCAAACCCUAGUCGAUGACAGAGACUCCUCCAUCUUUGGGGCCAUUUUUGAAUGGGACCGAGCCUCUGCUAUGUCUGAUUUCAUUCUCAUUAGACCUAGUGGAGCCCCAAGGGCCGUCUUGGCCCUUCGAGGGACUCUCCUAAAGACCCCAACUAUUCGGAGAGACUUGGAGGAUGAUUUACGGUUCCUAACUUGGGAGAGCCUAAAGGGUUCAAUCAGAUUUACCAGGGCUUUGGAGGCGCUAAAGUUAGCAGUGGAAAGAUUUGGGAGCUGCAAUGUGUGGCUUGUUGGCCACUCUCUAGGUGCUGGCUUGGCCCUUCAAAUAGGCAAAGCGUUUGCUAAACAAGGUAUCUACAUAGAAACCCAUUUGUUUAAUCCACCCUCGGUCUCUCUGGCCAUGGGACUAAAGAGCAUUGGGGAGAAGGCAGAGUAUAUUUGGAAGAGGAUUAAGAGUGCGGUGGAAUUGGGCAAGGCCAAAAUGCCAUCAAACAGUAGUAAUGAAGUUAUUACUGUUGCUGAUAUUGAAGAGUUAGAAAAGAGUGAGAGUGAAGGAAAAAUGAGCACAGGAUUGAAGAAGUGGGUGCCUCAUUUAUAUUUGAAUAAUAGUGAUUAUAUUUGUUGUUAUUAUAUGGAUCCAGCAGCUGGGCCAAAGCCAGAGGGGGAUGGAGAGGAGGGGGUGAAGAAGGCAGGAGGGCAAUUGGCAGCAAAGCUUUUUGUAAUGUCAAAGGGGCCACAAAAAUUCCUUGAGGCACAUGGUUUGGAGCAGUGGUGGUCUCAUGAUAUGGAAUUACAAUUGGCCUUGCAUAAUAGCAAGCUCAUAAAUAGGCAGCUGAAAUCACUGUACACCAUUCCACCUCAAGUUGAGAAGCCUUAGUAAAAGGCUGAAUAUGCUGUGUGGCCUUUGUUUUCAUGUUGUUUGAUCCUUUUAUUGAUUUUGAGAAAUGCCUUUGAGGUGUGAUUUCUGCUCUGAUUCUUCUCGAGUUACAAAGGUAACACGUGUUCCAUUUUGUGAUAAUAAAGGUCAGAAUGUGUCCUCCUUUUUCCUUUCUGAU